ACCUGUCCUGCUGGCACUCAUACGGCUCGUACUCUCGUGAACCGGCGGGCGCAGGCGGCGUCAAUGGAGACGUGAUAAUCGUCUUAUGCGUCCUGGACCCGAGCAGCACGGCGACGCCGGCAAGCGGACCCAGAGGCGGCGAGAGCGUGGGAAGCGGCGGCAAAACAACGGAAGCGUUCUCUACCUGAGGUUGCGAUGUCUGAUGGACCAUGUCGACUGUCAGUGACCUGCCUUAGCAGGGGCUGCAAUCCCUCGACUCCUUUGCUUCGGCGCCUAUUUGACCUGCCCACCACGGUCCUCAAAGAUGACAUCCUGGGCUCAAUUGACGAUGGUGUCUAUUACGAGGAUGCCACAUCCAGCUACCACGUGGAGGUCACACCUUCGAGAAGUGUUGCUUCCACGCUAGAAGACAUCAUAAACCACUGGAAAGACCCCAAAGAGAUCAAGCUCUUGUGUGGUACAGUUCCUGGAUGGUGGCUGUCAUGGCCCCAGCUAGUCGACUCAACCACGAAUGAACAUGACGACCUGAAAUUUGCAAGCUUCUCUCUCGGCUCUUUUGUGGGCAUGGGAACGUAUGUUGAACACUACUGUUCAUCGCCAAGGGAGCUUAAGGAACCAGUAAAAGCAAGGACCAAACUAGCUAACCAGCAUCCGGCAUCUUCGUCUUCCAACAAGAAACAGCCGUAUCGCAUAACACAGUGCAUGGCCCACUUUGCCCACUAUCGCCAAAGGCUGUACAUCUACUUUGUUGAUGUCAAGGAGCCACUGGUCAAGCAGGAGCAGAAUGGUGAGACACAUGCUCGCCACCGCUUCAUAAUUGAGUACUCUUCCGUGAGGCACGUAGUUGUGUGCAAGAACCCUGAUGGUGGAAGCAACGACUUGCUGGUGUACUUGCACCUUGUCCACCCGCCCCUUCUCUACAGGGUUCACGAGACCCACCGGCCAGAAAACCAGGACCAUGACGACGAGUGCGACCCGCGCAAGCCAAAAUACGUGGAGCAGCACUGCAUUAGUGAACGAACGAGGUGGGUCCGCACGGUGGACUUUGGCAAGCACAAGACAAAGUGUGACAGUAAGACAUUAGGCUUCUGUCGUGUCAUGGCUCUCUCAUUUUCAUCAUCAUGUCACCGCGUCCUGGAAGCGCUGUCCUGCCUGGGUACACUGAGCACAACUACGAGUCUAUAUUACGGUGCGGUAGAUCUAAAGGCGAGGAACAGCAAGGGGAUUGGGGAAGCAGACAAGGAGCUGCAUGUCGAGGACCUGUCAUUUGGCUGCGGAUUUGCUCUGGCUGCCGUUUGGAGAUCGUCAGCCCAGGUGGCUGAUGAGUUGCUGAUAAGUGGGUCCAAGACACAGGUUACAGAAGCAUUAAAACGGAUGGACCUGGAGGACCCUGCAGCCUUGGAAGAGGCACUGUAUGCAUUGCAGCAGUCGCUUGACAAGGGCCGAUUUGUCUCCUUCCAGGUGGGCCUGGAGGCAAUGUACGAACGGUACAAGUUGAUGCGCCAGCGGUCCGGCGAACUGACCGGUGGUGUACUGGGGCAGGAGCUCCCAGAGCAUGUGUGCCUGGUGCGGCGAGCGGUGCUGACGCCCACGCGUCUUCUGCCAUUGCCUCCGCAACCAAUCAGCACAAGUCGCAUCCUCCAACACUUCGAGCCCGAGCACGCACUUCGCUUGCUGAUACGUGAUGAGGACGGCUCCAAGAUGUCAUUCUCACUGGGCAUUCAGCGUGCACAUUUUCUGUUCACCUACACACGGCCCAGGCUGCUCGACGGCUUCACUAUUGCCGGCCGCAAGUUCAUGUUCUUGGCAUCAUCCACGAGUCAGCUACGCAGCCACGGUGCAUGGUUCUACUCGGUCGAUUCACAAGGCCGUUCAGCAGAUGAUGUGAGGAGCGCGCUGGGUGACUUGUCCCGUCUACGUGUGCCUUCCAAGUACAUGGCGCGGUUGGGGCUAGCAUUCUCUCAGUCGCUGGGCAGGAUCCAUGUCCCCCGUGAGUGCACCGACGUCGAGCCGGAUAUAGAGUGCAAAGGCCCGCGCAAGAAUCUGGACUAUGUCUUCUCGGACGGUGUCGGACGCAUUUCUACGGCUCUUCUCACCAGGGUCCACAGAGUUCUUCCGCAAGAGGGCCAACCAAGCGCCAUUCAGAUUCGGUACGGUGGUUGCAAAGGAAUGCUGGUCGAAGAUCCAACACUGGAAGGCGAGCGUAUAAUCUUCAGAAAAAGCAUGUUCAAGCAUCCUUCUGACAGCGAGGACCUCUUUAUUCUGAAGACCAGCAGGCCGCGUUCCGUGAAGCUCAACCGCCCCAUGAUCACUAUCCUGAGCCAGAAGAAGACGCGUGGUAAUCUGCGCAGCAUCGAGGACUCUGUCUUCCUCAGGAUGCAGCAGGACUGUCUGGCCCCCUACAUUGACAGCCUCUUUGAGGACACUGCAGCUGCACGUCUGCUGCACGAAGAGUGCGCGCUGCGGCUGCCCUACAAGGACCUUGCGAAAGCGGGGCUGGAUCUGCAUGCCGAGCCCUUCUUCCGUUCCCUCCUCUGGACCUUGCACCAGCGGUCUCUCCAGCAGCUUCGAGAAAAGGCGAGCAUUGCUGUGCCUCCUGAAUAUGGCCGCACCAUGUUUGGUGUCAUGGACGAGACCGGCACUUUGCAGUAUGGCCAAGUGUUUGUCCAGUACUCUCAGGACCUGGCGCACUAUACGCCUGAGGAUAAGUACGUUGUCCUCGAAGGCAGUGUGAUAGUGACCAAAAACCCUUGCGUCCAUGCCGGCGACAUCCGGAAGCUGCAAGCUGUAGAUGUGGCUGCACUGCACCACAUUCGUGACUGCGUAGUUUUUCCUUCUCUUGGCAGACGGCCCCACCCCAACGAGAUGGCUGGGUCUGACCUAGACGGAGAUGAGUACUCUGUCAUCUGGUACCCGCCACUCGUCUUCCACAAGAAUGAUGAACCAAUGGACUUCUAUGAUGAAGAAGCUGCAGAGAAUGAGGGCCCUGUUCAGGUGGAACACAUGGUUGACUUUGUGUGCAAGUACAUUCAGCACGAUGUCGUUGGUCUUAUCAGCAAUGCACAUCUUGCCUGGGCCGACUGGCUGCGCGAUGGCGUAAAGUCAAACAUGUGCAAAACUCUGGCUCGCAAAGUGUCGCGUGCCGUUGACUUUGCCAAACUGGGACGGCCCGAGAGCCUCUUGAUGAGUGAGAAGCCGGCUGCUUAUCCGGAUUUCAUGCAGAAGCACAGUGAGAAGGACACGUACCUCUCCCGGAAUGUGCUCGGCAAACUUUACCGCAAGCUGGGUGGAAUGGUUUUGGACAGCGUGGGACCCGUGGCUGAUGUGCAGCCCGACUCUCGGCUAAUCAUUGAGGGUCACGAGGAGCACAUGGAAGCGGCAGGGCAAGCGCUGGCAAAGUACCGGCUGCGGAUUCGAUCGCUUCUGGCUACAUAUGGCAUUGCAUCGGAGAUCGAGGCACUCUCUGGCGCUGUGAUGACCAUGGAUCCUCGGAUCUCGGAGAAGCACGACCAUACAGACGUGGCUGUGGUUGUGGAAUGCCAGGUGAAGCACAUAAUGGCGCGCACGCGUGCCGACUUUCUUGAAGGCAUCUGCAGUGACUACAAAGAGGCAAAGUGUCGUGCAUCUGCCUGGUAUCGUUGCGCCUACGAACAAGGUGCGCAGGCUGAAGGCUUUGCCUGGUGUGUGGCAGAGGAGCUUUGCAACAUUCUGCAGUGCGCAGCUCCAACCAAAGGACCCGCACGGGGAAGCAUACGAGACCGUGUGACCCAUGCGCUGACUCCACGGAGUGACCAAGUGGACAUUCCAUUUCAGACUGCCCUUUUGAACAAUGCCCUUAAGCUUCUGAUUCGCUGGCUCAAGAGCAACAAAGAAAUGCUUUGGGACACCGACAAGGCAGCUGCACCACCCUAUGUGAAACACGUGACACGCGUGCUGCAGAAAACCCUGGAGCAGCUCGAAAAGAACUUCGGCCUCGCGCGAGUCCAAAAGCAGCCUAGCGUGGUGCUUGUUAAUGUCCUGAAGAACUUAGUACUCUGUGCACAGUCUAAAAGUGGAAAGCCUGAGUGUGCUUUGGCUGACCUGGCUGAUCGGACGCUCCACAGGCUUCUCUAUCCUGGCAAGGUGAAAGACGAUCUUCCUUUAGAGUCCGUGACACCCGUGGGGCCGACGCGGACACAGGUUGUGCUUCUGCCGAUGCGGGAUGAUGACGACUUCUUUCUGGCGAUCGUGCGGCAGCAAGAGCGGUUCAAGAGCCUGUUGCUACACUGGAUGCAGCUCGAGAAGGUGCAAGUUAUGACCUGGCAGGAUGCCCGUGACGAUUGGUUCUUCAAGCUCAUGGUCACCGGAAGCCCUUGGGCCCUUGAUAGGCUAAAGCAAACGAUAAUCCAUGAAGGAUUCCAUGAGGAGCUGAAGAGAAUCCUCUUGGACCAAGAGGAUAUUGUUGAAGAGAAGCAGUGUUGAACUGUUCGUUAAUGAAUUUCACGACAGGGCUGGUUUUUACAGUGGAGGUACAAUGAGUUGUGUGGAGCUAUAGGGUGGUGUGCAUAGCCGGUAAAGGAGUGCCUUUAGUAUGGAAGAUAUACCUUCUAAUCUAAAGUUAAUAAUUUAUGAGUUAUUUCCAUAAAAAGUUCAAGAGAAACCUCUUGCACAAAGCGGAUAUCAUAAAGUGAAGCUUUGUUGAGCUGUUGAAUUUUGCAGUGCGGCCGUGGUUUGAUGAAGGGGAGGUACAGCGGUUCUAUUGUGUAGAGCUAUAGUAGUGUGUGCGUAGCUAGUAAAGGGGUGCAUUCAGUAUGGGAGUUGCAAGUUCUCUUGUGAAGUUAACCAUUUGUUGUUUGUCAAACCAACACAAACAUGGCAUACAGCAAGGUUUAGUUUCAUGUGGUGGAGGCAGGCAAGUGAAAGAAAUGUCAAUUGCUUGGCCUUGUUUAAUUUUAUAGAGGCAUGCUACUUGUUAUCAAAUCUGGUGUGCGUUAAAAUUCGGUAAAUACUGUAUUAUAGUUGCACAAGUGUAGAUUUUAUGCUUAUUGUUAGUGCCAGUUGGAAAAAGAAUAUUUGAAACCACACUCCUCCAGGUGUUUUUGUUUGAAUUAUACAUAUUUGUUUUUAAAUCACCUUUGGCAGGUCGCACAGUUCGGAUGCUUCAGCUGGAUUAGUCCAAGAGGUGGACAUUACUUGCACAAUAAGUUGAAAUGCACAUUCAACUAAUUAACAGUUCCACUAAUUAAAUUAACUAAUUUAAGACACUUUAUUUAGUAUAUUUUUAAUUUUUUUAUUUUGCAAAUGUCUGCCUCUUGGAGCAAUCCAGUUUAAGGAAUAGAAUUGUGCAAUCUGCCGCAGGAAAGUAAAAAAAAAAGGAAAUUUUGUAUAGUCUUCUGUAUAGAAUUCUGUAAAUUCUGUAGGAAAUUCUGUAUACAGUUUUCUUCUUUAACUCUUUCCUUACUGCCAGAAAAGUUCUCAUUUUCGGUGCUUUUAUGUUCUAACAUUUAGUUCAAGACAUAUUCGCUGCAACAUAUACCAUGAUAUAUAAAUUUUAGCCUAAUCGUUGCGGUUUUCAUGGAAAUAAAGUAAACAUAUUGCUUUUUUGAGGAUUCUUUCUUUAUUGAUGUAUUUAGGACCAUAUAAGAAUUGUCCUAGGGGGCACAGCUAAAGGCAGAACAUUGCCUGACUCACAUUGAAAUUUCACACAUGGCAAUGUGUGAAAUUUCAAAGCACCACCUCAAAAUGCAUAAAUGAAAAGAAUAAUUUACGAUUUAUACUGAAAGUACAGGGAGUAAUGGAAAAAAGGGGUCUGAAAUAUAUGCGCCUUGCUCCUGGUUUCCAACUUCUCCAAGUUAGGCCAUGCGAAAAAUAUUUGCACCUUCGGGAGCCUGAAAAUUAGCCAUAGUGAUGCCCGUACUAUUCGAGGAAAGGCUGUGGCAGCUCCUGUGUCUUCACUGCUGCUGUCAUUUAAAAAUUAUGUAGCCAAGUCAAUCGAAGCGCAGAUUUCGCAUCGUUUGAUUGGCAAAUUGCUGGGAGCACUGGCGGCCAGUUUCGACGAUACCUCCCAAUUAAUAUCUUUUUUGGACUCCAUUGUGCCGUAAAUUGCCACAUCUCAGCCUAUCGCCAAAGCAUGGCAAUGCUCUUGGAAGAGUUCCAAUGGAAAUGUUUAAUGUUUUGGAAAGCUGUCGAUAAAAUUAAUGUAUAUAUAUAUAUUUUUUUUUGGGGGGGGGGGCUUGGUAAGGAAAGAGUUAACCUGUGCUGAGCUCAACUGCCAAAGUGACUUGAGCUCUGUGCGAAAGUCAACCUAUAUAUGUUUUUGGGGUACCACACAUGUGUUGCCAGGUGCAAUUCUGAGCAUAGCAGAAGUUAUUCUGGCCACAUUAUUCUGGUACUUGUGCUUAAUGGCCUGUUCUGCGGAGAUGUGCGCAGCGCAGGUAAUUUCCAUAAGGAUGGUGUUGCAAUAGUGAAACAUUCUACGUGUCUAAAGCUUUAAUUGCCUUGUGCAAUUAUUUCUCGCUGUGAUGGUAAUAUUUUCAAUGCGAGUUGUCAAAAGCCUCCUCUUGCAUUAUAGCUGUCCUAGGGCAGUAUUUUGUAGCGAUGCCUUAUGACUUAUUCUAUACUAGUCUUAUCAUCCACCUCUCAUGGCUGGCUGAUCCCGUUGAUAACACGAGCGGACUGUGGCUCUGACCACUGACAAAGCGCGAUAAGCGCGAAACGGCAUUAGCAUCGGAAAUGCAUCGCUACAAAAUGCCGGCCCUAAUGUGGUAUAUACUUCUGGCGACAGUAUCCAAUUUUCCUCUUGUGACACUAUGCUCUAUCUCAGAAAAUAAUACACAGAAGUGUCUCGACAAUUAUUUUUCUAAGUCAUGACUUGUGAUAUAUAUAGGCAAUAGGAAAAUCUUUAUGAAGCUUCAUAUGUUUAUGCAACGUUACUGCAAUGUAUGUUUGAAUGUAUGUUUUUGAAUCUUGUGCAAGGCACUCUUUUUAAAACUGCAAACUUCACUACAGUUCGUUAAGUCAGAAACGAGUUUCCACUUGCUCAUGCUGUUUUCAUAUGUGCUCGUUCGAUUUUCAACACUGCCAUUUGGUGUACAAUAGGACUGCUACUCUACGCGUAGUCACGAAAUAUAUCCAUGCAAAGCCUAGUGCAGCUUUUCUGGUUAUUUUCUUGUAUUCCCUGCUGCAAGCAGCUCUUAUGGAGGCAAGGAAUUGUGGGUUGAAAUCAUUCGUUGAGUCAACCAUAAGUGCAACACUGACUCUUGUGUUUAUAAACACUCUUGUCAAUUGAAGCUCCUCUGCAUCUCUGCUUCAGUAAUGCUCCGUGUAGGGUAGCAAACUGGACUUGCGUCUUGUUGACCUCCCUAACUUCCUUCUUUUCCUCCUCCUCCUCCUCCAUAAUGCUCCUUGGUGAACCGUUAGCUCCAUUUCAUUAUCAUGCAUCUCUAACAUGUGCACUUGAAAGCACUAGUUCUGAGAGGUGUUGCUUGAGCAGCACGUACGAGGAAUUACGAAGUACUACCAAGCAUCAUUAUUUAAGGGAGGAAAACCUUGUCGAGGCCUAUGAUUAGUCAUAAUUUGGUGCACAAGGGAGCCCUCACCCAUCAGAGAUAUUGCCAAGCUGAACCAUGGCAACAUGACAUAAGUUUGCUGGUAUGAAUGAUUUUCUCUUAUAUUUUUCUAUGAGAAAAGAGGCAAGCCUCCACGAGUUGUACAAGGGAUCAUAUUAAAAAAAGCUAUAUUUACAUGUGCAACGUACGUGCUGGAGCCGUUAUCACUUAUGGGUGAAUUCAGAGCAUUGUGGCAUUGGAGAGCUUGAUUACCUGAGCUGCAUAAGUUUAUUUUUAGUUGCAGUGUUAAAGUGUCGGGUGCAGGAGGUGCCAAAUGCGUCAACGAUUUGUCAAAUGAAACAGGUUUUGUUUCUCACUGAACUUUUAUUUUGCUUUAUUGUGUAUUAUUUUUGCAGCUGUAUCUUUUUUUGUGUUGCUGUGGUCAUGUUGCCGCUGGUUACGAAGAGUCUAGCUACUUAAGAUCUGGGUUCUUGUCUUAAUGCAACGUUUCCUAUGUCUCACGUUUUUUGUUGACUGAUGUAUGGCAUUUCAUCUCACCUGUGUCGUAAGGCAUGGACAAGCCUUUGUAGUGCUGUUUUUACAAAGCAGUAAAGUAUGUUGCUGUUUUCCUCUGCAAAUGUUUCACAUCAUUGUGCUGCAUGACUUACACUAAUGAAGGGAAAGGCAGAUGGAAGAUGGAGGCCUGAAGAGUGGGGGGAAGAGUGAAGAAGGGAAGCCUCAGCCAGCCAAGAUUUUUAACAAGUGGAGCCAGAGGACACCCACUGGUGUUAACUCACUGCUGAUUAGUGAUACUACUAGCCUCCCGAAGCUCACCAUUUGCUCUCCGUUAAGUCUAACUUGGUGAUACCUUUGCUGUAGUGGUGGGAAAAUAUUUGAACCUAUGAAUACGAAUCUCAUGUGACACACUUAACUAUUCGUAUUUGAAAAUAACCAUUCAGUAUUCUUGAAUGUA